GCAAAUGGUGGCAACCUACCCGUCCAGCCUCAUAUAUACAGGAGGAGCCAGCUCGUGGCUCACUAAUUCCUCUCAAAGUUUCACCCAGCAACGUGACAGUUCCUCUCAGCUCCACCUGCUGCUUCUUUCCAGGACUUCUCAGGCUUACACGCAGGAGAUGAGGGUCCAGUUGUGUGUGUUGGUGACGCUGCUGCUCGGCGCUGCCUCCCCGACUCUCUCCGCCCAAGUCGGUUACGGAGCUGGCGAGAUCACUGGGGCACUGGCGUUCUCGCCUGUGGACCCGUGCUCGCACCAUGGUGGGUCAUGUGUGCGGGAGUCCGCUUGUCCUGCUGGGCUCCUCCACCCGAAGAAGGGCCUGUGUCGAUCGCAGCACAAGCUGGGCGUUGAAUGCUGCCUUGACCUUCCGGACACCACAAGAAAAUGCGGGUCUAAAGGAGGCGAGUGUAAUCCCAUCGAGGUGUGCGGCAACGGCCCGAGGGACCCCAAGGGAAAGUGCCGUAAGGGGGAAGUAUGCUGCAUCUUUGUCGUUUAGCUGUGAAAAAGAGCGAAGAAAACUAGAGAACUCUCGGAUCAUUUUGAAGAAAAAUGUAUAUCUUCUACCUGCGGCCAUUGGGAAGUCAUCUUCUACCUGCGGCCAGGGGGAGACGUGAUCUACCUGUGGCCAGGGGGACGUGAUCUUCUACCUGUGGCCUGGGGGUCUAUAUCUUCUAGCUGCGUCCAGGGAGACUUCAUCUUCAAUAUGCAUCCUGGGGAGUUCUCAUAUCCUUGGUGGGUCCUGAUACGCUUCAACUUUUAGCUGCGUCCUGGGAGACUUCAUCUUAUAGCUGUGUCCUUGGGGAAGGACUAUUAGGAAUUUUAUCCUUAAUUUAGCUUGGCCCCCAUUUAAUAAUAAAAAUUAGCAAGAUUAGUUGACAUUAUCAAAAUAAGGUUGUCUAGAAAUAUGUUAAUAAAGAUUACAUCUAGUUGACACUCUUAAUACAUAAUAAAAAUAUUAAUACAAAUACAAAAA